ACAUGGCAGGUUCUGCGUUGAACGAGUCCGGUAUUUGUGAGGAAUUUGACGGCCUGCUUGAUUUUAAUGAUGAAGCAACGAGGAAAAGAUUUUUCCAAACCGCCUCCGAGUUCUUUCUCGUGAGGAUUGGCUUUCCUAUCGUCUGGCUGGUCGGUCUGCCGGCUAACCUGGCGUUCCUCUACACCAUCUACAAGGUGCGACACAUGCGAAGUAUCACCAACUUCUACCUGGCCAACUUGGCACUGGCUGACAUCUUCUGCCUGGUCCUGUACCCGGGUCUCUACAGCUGGUCCUACUACGCUACCCCAGUGGUCUUCAACUUCCAGACGUCGUCGUGGCUGGAGUGCGCGGCAAUAUUCUUCUCCUUCGACAUUCCCAACUUCGCCUCCAACGCCAUCGUGACUCUGGUUGCCCUGGAGCGUUUCUACGCGAUCUGCCGUCCUCUGCAGAGCAGACAGGCCAGCAGUCAUGGACGAGCUGCAGUCCUGCUGGUGGUAUUCUGGGCAGUGUCUGUAGCGCUCGCGCUGUCCGUCUGCUCGCGUUUCAUCACCGUGCGCGUCUACUGCGUCCUGUGGCCGGACUCGGACAACGGUCAGUACGACUCCCUUCCAGACACCGUGUCGUUCUGCACGGCCGGGGAGCCCUGGGUUGCCGUCUACGCCCACUGCCUGUACGUCGUAAUCUGGUUUCUGGGGCUGAUCGUCAACAGUUUCUUGUACUACAAGAUAGUCCGUCGAUUAGGGCGGCGCACCGUCGGCCGAUCUGCCUCCAACACCGAUGCCAAGAGUCGACUGGUCCGCAACCAGGUCGCCCGCAUGCUGAUGGUCAACAGCAUCGUGUUCUUCGUGCUGCAAGCCCCUCGCGUGCUCACCCUCAACCUGCUGUCUUUUCUGUCUGCGGCUACUGGUCAGGUCCUCCAGCCUUCUGAUGUCCCCUUCUUGGUUCCUGUCACCUAUUUCCUGUCUCUCCUCAACUCAGCUGUCAACCCCAUCAUCUACAGCGGCACCAACAUCAGGUACCGGGAGGCCUUCCUGCAGGCGUUCGGCUGCACCUGCCGGCGUGGAAGGGAAGGCACGGGAGGGUCCUCGCUCGGUGACAUGUCAGUGUCCUCCAAAGUAACGGAGAGAAGUAAGUGUGAACAAUCCGAGGACAACCUGGACGACAUACCAAAUUCAUCCAUAUGAGAUAAGCAUUGCUCCACUCUGUAUUAAGUUGAGUUUCUGCGAACGGUUUAAUUUACUCGGUAGGUCAAUAUUCAAUAUCGUUGUAAGAAAUUUCAUU